AUGGCGGCUCAAGAUCCACACGUCAUCUCCCAGCUGGUGAAGGCCCUGGAGACUUCCAGAAAGGCCGAAAAGGGCGAGAGAAAGUUCACUUGCAAAAAGCAGUCCUUUACGGUGGCCAAUAAUGUACCCGUGGACUCGUGGAGGUUCCAGGACUGGGACUACAAGCGUGACGGUCUGCCAACAUAUGCACGAGGUCUUUUCACAACCAAACGGAAGGAUGGUACGCCCGAAAUCGCGGCGCGCGGAUACGACAAGUUCUUCAAUGUAGGCGAGACAAAGGCGACAGAGUGGCGCAACGUCGAGAAAUAUACAAGGGGUCCUUAUGAGCUGAGUGUGAAGGAGAAUGGAUGCAUUAUCUUCAUCUCUGCUUUGGAGGACGACACAUUGCUAGUCUGCAGCAAACACUCGACUGGAGCUCGCGAGGAUACAGAUGUCAGCCACGCACAGGCAGGAGAACGCUGGGUGGAACGCCACGUCUCGUCCGUGAAUCGGUCUGUCAAGGACCUUGCCCGCACUUUGCGUGAGAUGAAUGUCACAGCCGUUGGAGAACUCUGUGACGACAGUUUCGAGGAGCAUGUGCUGGCAUACGACGAAGCUUCUGCCGGCAUUUACCUCCACGGACUCAACUACAAGCAGCCUUACUUUCAUACGAUGUCUUCUGAGGAUGUGCACAAGUUCGCGGACGAUUGGGGUUUCAAGAAGGCCAAGUUUGAGGUCUUUGAUGACAUCUUCAGAGUGCAGAGCUUCCUAGAAGGAUGCGCCGAGACAGGGACAUGGGCUGGACGUGAGACCGAGGGCUUCGUCAUCCGAUGCAACCUGAGCGACAACGGAACUGAGCCCUACCGGAAUUGGUUCUUCAAGUACAAGUUCGAAGAGCCGUACUUGAUGUACCGCCAGUGGCGUGAAUGCACCAAAGCCGUUAUCGGAGGGAAAUCUCCCAAGAUCAAGAAGCAUGAGCAAGUCACCGAAGAGUAUUUGCAGUUUGCGAGACGGGUUCUGAUGAAGGACCCUAAGAGGGCAACCGAUUACAUGAAUAACCACGGUAUCAUCGGUUUGCGAGAUGAGUUCCUCAGGGAACGAGGAUUGAAUGGGCCCGAGAUUAUUGCUCUAGAGGAAAAAAAGCAGAGUGAAUCGCAGGAGACCAACAAAAAUGUCGUCCUCGAACCGAUUGCCUCGCUGGGAUGUGGAAAGACGACAGUCGCCUUGGCUCUGGUUAAACUCUUCGGAUGGGGACAUAUUCAGAACGACAACAUCCCCAAACAGAAGAACAAGCCGAAGAAGUUUGCUUUCGAGGUCAGCCAUGCUCUGGGAGAGCACAGUGUUGUCAUCGCCGAUCGCAACAACCACCAACGGCGCGAACGCAAGCAGCUCAUGGAGGAUAUCUACCCUGUGCUUCCAGAUGCGCAUUUCGUCGCUUUGCAUUAUGUCCACGAACCCAAGGCAGACAUGCUCCCCGCCAUUCGAGAAGUCACUCGAAAGCGCGUGCUAGAACGUGGCGACAACCAUCAAUCCAUCCGGGCUGGCACCAACGCUCGGGAUGAGACCGUCGGAAUCAUGGAGGGAUUCCUCGGCCGCUUCGAAGGCGUCGACACCACCCGCAUGCCAGACCAGAGCUUCGACCAUGUCAUUGACCUCGACGUCUGCGCCGAGUCUCGCGAGAACCUCGAAACAGUCGUCAAAGCCCUACACGCCGCCUACCCCCGCCUAGUGCCAACCAUGCCAACUGCAGCAGAACUCGACGGAGCUAUCGACGCCUCUCUAAACGACUACACCGUGACAAAGGAUCUGAGCUACAGCUACGGCGCUUCACAGAAGCCAAAGAACAAAAACAAAAACCACAACAAUGGCUCCCUCCUCCCCGAACCAACAGACUCCCCCUUGUCCCCAGAAGCACUCUCCGAAAAGAUCGAGUACUUCAACAUAUCCAUCCCAACAACUGAAAUAAACACACUCCUCCGCUCCCUCUUCCCACCGACCACACCCCCCGAAAAAGCCCGUCUCUACAACCAACUCGUAAACUCCCGCCGCCUCCAACCAACCUUCCACGUAACCCUCAUCCACCGCGCCUCGAAGAAAGACAAACCAGAGAUCUGGGAAAAACUAGCAACCCGCUAUAUCGACACGCAGACCCAAAACCCGGUCUCAAAUCCAAUCCAGUACCCGCCGACCCUAGGCUCCGCGCGCGUGCGCAUUGAGCGUCUCGUCUGGGAUAACCGCAUCAUGGCCUUUGUUGCGCGCAUCUUGCCCACUGAGGGUGUCGAGACACAGACUGGUGCGGCUGAGUGGCCAUGCGCGAAUCCUAUUCCGCAUAUCACGGUUGGCACGGCGGCGCCGGAAGUCAAGCCGAAGGAGAGUAAUGAUUUGCUGCAGCGGUGGGUUGAGGUUGGAUCUGGUGGGGAUACUGGCAUUUUUGAGGCGGAGGUUGAGGGUGUUAAGGUUGUUGAUGGUGUUGUUGGGUUGGUUAUGAGUCGGGGGAAGUAUUGA